AUGGCAGCAGUUUUUUUGGUGUUUUUUGCUUCAUUGGUUCAUGGCUCAGUUGGGGCUGUUUAUAAGGUUGGUGAUUCUGCAGGUUGGACAACAAUUGGCAAUGUUGAUUACAAGGCUUGGGCUGCUACUAAAUCCUUUCAAGUUGGUGAUAUCAUUUUGUUUGAGUACAACCCUCAGUUUCACAAUGUGAUGCAAGUAACACAUCCUCAGUACCAGGCAUGCAAUGCCUCUUCUCCCAUUGCAACUCACACUACUGGAAACGAUUCGAUCACCAUUACUAAUCACGGUCACCAUUUCUUCCUCUGCGGCGUUCCCGGACACUGUCAAUCGGGACAGAAGGUCGACAUUAACGUGCUUCGUGUUCCACUGGCUCCUACUCCAUCCGAAACUCCCUCGCCGCCAUCGGAUCCUACUGCAACGCCAGCGCCCGCUCCAAAUCAGGCUGCUCCACAGUAUUCUUCAGUUAGGUUCUUUGGAAGCCUUGUCACAGCUAUUGCUGUCUUUGCUGGGUUUAGUUUCUAG